AUGAAACUUCCUGAAUAUACUAAAAAUGAUACAAAUUUAUUCAUUGAUGAAUGUAAAACAACAUCAUGUUUACCUAAUAAUUAUCAUUCAUCUAUUCAAUGUCAUAGUUUACAUGAAGAAAAUCUACCACGUUCAAUAGAUAAUAAAUCAUUACCAUCUGAAUAUAUUUAUACGGAAUUAGUUAAAAAUAUUGGAAAUAAUGAAUUUAUUGAAGAAAAACGUUUACUUAAACGAUCUAGUUGGAGUCCAAAUGAAGAACAGCCAACAUAUGGUUUACCACCAACUGGUAAACGAGCAUUUGGUGAACAAUCAACAUCAAAUAAAAAUUUUAAUCGAGUACGUAUGAGACCUAAAACAACAAGACAUUAUCAAUUACAACAACCAAAUCAAAAAAUUCUUGAACGACCUUAUUCAUGUAAUGACAAAUAUGAUCAUCUUUUAAUUGAUAAACUUUCAUAUUCAACAGUGAAUCAUAAUGGAAGUUUGUCAAAUGAACGACGUGAACCAUCACCAACUCCAUCAUCAUCUUCAAUUGAUUCAGUAUUACAAAUUAAAACACGUGCUUCACCAUCAUUUGAUAGUAGUGAUUUUAUAAGUGAUACAUCUACUGCAUCAUCAAUGACAACAGUAACAUCUUUAAGUUCAAUUAUGUCUUCACGACAAAAAACUCCUAUUUAUGAUCAUAUGUGUUCAUCAAAAACACGUCCAUUGAUAAGUGAAUAUCAACAAACAGACUUAAAUCAUAUCGAUUACAAAUUUUUAUCACCAGUAUUAAAUACAAACACUACUCCUUUAUCGUCUCCAAUUUCUUCUUUACCAUCAUCAUCAUCAUUCUCCUCCUCGUCCACCUCUUUCACUUGUCCAAAAGGUCAUGAAGAGUCGUCGUCGCCAUCGCCGUCUCCCAUAGGGUCAUCUUUAAAUCAAUAUGCAAAGUUUACUUUGCAAACACCAACUACUGAUUCAUCUCGAGACGACAAUGGUCAUUCAACAUCAACAUAUGGUAUAAUGAAUAUGUCAAUGUCGUCUAAUCGUUAUCAUAAUCAAAUACAUCCGUCAAAUUCUAUCAUCACAUCAAAUUCUACAAUGACAAAUAAUAAUGAUGGAUUAAAAUCACGACGAGAACAAACAAAUUCGAAAAUUGCUGGUAGUAGUUGUUUAAAAUCACAAAAAAAAGAUAAUAAUAAUAAUAAUAAUAAUAAUAAUAAAAAUCAAACAAAAAAAUCUGUUCAUUUUGGUUGGCAUUUGCCUAAACAGAUUCGAUCAACAUCACCAUCAACACAUUGGAACAGUAAUAGUGAUAAUGACAUACAAACGAAGAAAAAUUAUGGUGAGAAAGUUGAAGAAAAAGAAAAAAUUGAAAUAACAAGAAGGACAAUCAAGACUACUACUGCUCCAUUGUCCACGAAUACAAUUCAUCGUUCUUUUUCUCUCUCGCCAUCACUACUCUCAAAAGAAGAGAAUAACGAUAGUCGAAGACAUAGACAAGAAAAAAAAGAAAAUGUCGAUGAACUAAAUCGUACUACUACUACUAGUGGACGAGCAACAACUGCUGCAACUCACUUUCAUUGUACUACUAAAGCCGCUACAGUCACUUUCAAUGACGGCAACCAAAAUAUCUCAUCAACAAAAGAGCCAAAUGGCACGAACAAUUUUAAUACAAGUGGAAAUUUAACCUAUUCGUCAGCUGAUAAACAGAUGCCUUUGAAUACUUUACUUGUUAAAAAUUCUACACUCAAUCCACACACAACAACAACAACAACAAAAAAGUUUACUAGUACUGGAGGAUUUUUUAGUUUUAUUAAUCGAUCAAAUAAUAGUCAUAAUAAUAACAAUAAUAAUAAUUCAUCAUCUAAUAAUGAAAAUAAACAAUUAAAACGUACAUCAUCCACUCAACAAAAAUCUAAACAACAUAAAAUACAUGGCAAUAAACGUCUUAGUGCUGAUAUUGAUACAUUGCGGUCUCCUUUAAUAUCUUCAAACAACUUAUCGAAAGGAGAUAUUGACAAGGUUACAUUGAAUUAUCAAGAAGAACGGCAAUCGAUGACAGAUAACAAUACUCAUAUCCGUUUUUCUUGUAAUACCAAUUCAUCUAUCCCACUGCGUACAAAUACUAAAAUGAAUAGAAGUUCAACAUCAAUGUCAAUGAAUCCAACAACGAUAACUGUAAAAUCGGAUGAAGGUGAUUCAUUAAAUAAUGGUCUUCUAUUUAAACCUGUUCAAUCAAUUGAAAAAGAACCUUUUUUUCUUUCUCCACUAAAAUCAUUAUCGAAUAAUAACGAAUCUUUAUCAUCACCAUCAAUUGGUAAGAUAAUGCAAACAUCAACACUUAUUAUUUCUACACCUCCACAAUAUCAUUAUUAUCUUUAUCCGCCAACAUCAUCAAUAUCAAAAAAAAAUUUAACAACAAAUCGUUCUAUAUCAAAUAUUAGUAUGAAUAGUAUAAGUACAAAUUCAUCAUCAUCAAAUGCAUCAUAUGAAUCUCACAUACAUGAUUUUGAUGAAGAUACAUUAUCAUAUUCAACAUAUUCAACAAAUAAUCAAAAAAAUAUUCAUCAAUUUAAAUCAUCUUCAAAAACAAAACCUGUUAUACUUUCGGAUUGUGUUCAAGCUUUUUGGCCACCACGACCAUCUUCACCACCAUCAUCUAUAUUGAAAAAUAUUCCUGAACAAAAAAUAAAGGCAUCAACUAUCGAACAAAACAAACAUUCCAAUUCAAUCAAUCACAAACACAAACAAUCCGAAUCGAAUAUAAUACAAAAUAAUGUUAUUAAUUCGACCUAUAAUGAUGAUUCAUCAUCUAUAAACAAUGGUAAUCAAACAGAUGUUUUACCACCUACAACAUCAUUAAUAUUAAAUAACAAAAAUGAAGUUCGAUCUUAUUCCGAACCAAAUUCAUUUACUAAUGGUUGCUUACGAAUAGCAAGUGAUACUUCUCUUGAAGAUACUCAAGCAUCGUAUAGUGAGCGUUUACGUGAAAAAUCUCGUUCAAUAAAAGCAACAAAUCAAUUAAUAUCAAUGAAGAAUAAUAAUAAUAAUAAUUCAUUAUCUCGAUCAAGAUCAAAAGAUACUCUAGAAAAUCAAUAUGAAAAUUCAAAUUCAAUAAAUAAAAAUAUUUUAAGACCAAAAUCAGAUGAUUUUCAAUCUAAACGACAAUUUUUUGAAAAUCGUACUUAUACAGAUUAUACUCCAACAACGACAACAACAGCAACAAAUAAUAAAACUUAUUCUUUAUCAACAUCAAAUAAUAAUUAUCAACGUUCUGAAACAAAACAACAAACUCCUCCUGACUCAACGAUAAGAACAACAAAAUAUUUUGAUACAUUUUCAACUCAAACAACAUUUCCACCAACGAUCUAUCGAAAACCAGUUCGAAUUGUUAAAGCUGUACAACGUUCGGUACAAUCACCAUCAAUAAAUCAUUCUACAACACCGUUAUCAACAAAAAUGAAUUCAGAAAAUGAUUUCAAACCAUUAUCUUUACCAUAUACAAAUGAAUUAAUAAUCAAUAAUCAAUAUCAUCGUAGUUCAGAUUAUAUAAGAAAUUUAUUUCCAAUACCUGAUCGUCUUAAACGUAAAUGUUCAAAACAAAAUUUAACAACAAUCAAUAAUAUGAACGAUAUACAAACAAUGUUCAAUGAUAAUAUUCGACAAACGGAAGAUCUAUUAUUAAAUUUAAAAAGAAAUUUAGAAAUCUUACAAGAAAAUCAACGUAUAAUCAAUGAUGAAAUUGAAAUCAAUACAAUACUUGGUACAAAAUUAAUUAAUAUAAUUGAAUCAAAAGCUGAAUUAAAUGAAAUUGAAAAAGUCAAAUUACAUAUUAGUGAAAUUGAUACAAUUACAUCAAUACUUCUCAAACUUAGUAGUCGAUUGGCUAAAGUUGAGAAUGAUUUAUUGAUGAUUACAGAUGAUAAUGCUCAUACAAAAGCAAGUUUACUUGAACGACGUGAAAAGAUUCAAGAAAAACAUAAUGAAGCAAAAUCAUUAAAAGAUGGUAUUGAUCGACGUAGUCGUUUAGUAACAAAUAUUCUACGAAAAUAUUUUUCUGAUGAACAAUAUGAUGAUUAUGAUCAUUUUAUACGAAUGAAAUCAACAUUAUUAAUUGAUACAAAAGAUAUUGAAGAAAAUAUUACUUUUCUUCAAAAACAAAUUGAUACUUUACUUAAUAAAUCAUCAUUAUCAUCACCAUCAUCAUUAUCAUCAUCAUCCGUUGUAAAUAAUCAACAAUAUUCAUCAACAUCAUCAAUAUCUCUUUUUGAAAAUUUACAAAGAUCAAAUUCAACAAAUAAAGUUGAUAAUUUACAAACAAACUAUUUUAAUACUAUAUCGAGUACGGCCUAG